AUGGACUUUAAAAGGGGCUAACCAUACAGAUAAGGUGGCUUUUAAUAGCAAUAAAGAGGCGGCUUUCAAGGCCCAUAGAGAUCUAAUAUCUCUUAGCAAUAUUAAUAAUAUCCAAUAAAACUUAUUACCAAUAACUUCAAGAUCACAAGGCAUAAGGAUCAUGGAGUUAUCUAUACCUAUUCAGUUGAUUUUAUACCAGGAGCGAUAGUCGGUGGAAAGAGCGCAUUCACACUAUCAGAAUAAGAUUUACAAAAAUUGAAGGAAGAUGAAGCUAAUAUGAGUUUAUCAAAAAUAUCUUAAUCAACCGACUUAACUACUGUGGGUAACCUAGAGAACUAUUAAAGAUUCAAAAUUAUGGCAAUCCAGAGAGAGUCACUUAGGAAGAUAUUCGGUAAUCAUGUGUUCAUAGGCACUAAUAUGUUUUCUACAGCUUUAAUUGAAGAGGAAAUAUCUGUUGAAACUUAAAAACCUUUCCUGGGAAGGUAAUAUACAAUAGUUUUUAAGAAAGUUUCUGAAUUUAUGUUUGAUGAUCUUGGAAAGUUGAAAAUGGAGGAUCAUCCAGUUGCUCUUGGAUUUAUCAACAAUAUAAUAAAGAGCUGCUUGAGAAGUUCAAAUCUUGUCUAAAUUGGGAGGACUCCAAGAUUUUUCGACCCAGACAAGAGUAAAUUUCAUAAGCAAGUUCAAAUAUGGCCAGGAUUCUUUACCUCUUCUUGGAUAUUUUAGAGUGGGCUGUAUUUGAUCAUUGAUAAUAUCUCCAAAUAUCUUUCAAAUGAUAACUGCUACUCAAUUAUUGAUGAAAUGCUUGCUAAGCAUGAAAGUCAAGAAUACAUUAGCAGAGAAUUUGAAGGAAGCAUUGUAAUGGUUUGCUAUGGACAGAGAAGAACAUAUAAAGUCUAACGAAUCAGAUGGGAUUUAUCGCCUAAAACCUAUUAUUUCAAUAGUGGAGAAGACAAUAAAAGAUCUAGUAUGCUUGAAUACUUGAUUAAGGCUUAUGGUACACCAUUAACAUAUGCUAAUCAACCAUUGCUAGAAAUUAAAUAAAAGCGACAAUCCAUAUUUCUACCACCAGAGUUAUGUAUUAUGGUUGGACUACCUCCAAGUGUAAGAAAUGACAUGAGAGUUUAAAUUGAGAUUAGGAAAAAGAUAUUUUAGGAACCUGCAGAGAGAUUAUAAAAUCUUGAAUCUCUGAGCAAAAAACUUUCACUAUAAAAAGAUCUAAAAGAUUGGAACCUUGAAAUAAGUUAGUAAUCUGAUUAGAUAGACGCCCAAGUUUUGAAAAGACCUUUAAUCUAUGAUAACAUAGAAAGUCAGCAAAGCCAACAUGCCGAUAAUAGUGUCUUAAGAACAAUUGUUCAUCAACCAAUAGACUUAGAAAAAUGGGCAAUAUUCUGCGCCGAGAGAGAUCUCUAGUAUGCUUAGAUGGUUUAAGACAAGUUUUAUCAAAUAUCAAAUCAAAACAAUCUCAAUAUAUUUGUUGAGUAUGGUGAUAUAGUUUCCUUGAAUAAUUAGUCAACAAUAGAAGAUUAUAAAGAUGCUAUUAGAUCAUAUUUCAAAGAGUAUCUGAAAUAUGAUCCUGCUAAAAAAGCUUCAAUCCCUAUAAGCAAUAAUAAAGUUUAGUUUUUCCUUGUAAUUAUACCAGAAUUCGUAAAAAAAGAAAAAUUCUACAUUGCUUUGAAAAAUAUUAUAAACUCAAGCUAUCCAGUCAUCUCUCAAUUCGUUACAGUCAAGACAUUAAGCUUAUACAAAGACAGAGUCUAUAUGAAUAUUCUCAGGUAAAUUAAUGCAAAGCUUGGAGGAGAUUUAUGGAGAAUGAAGUUUAGUGAAGAGAUUCCAGAAAGAACUAUGGUAUUUGGAAUUGAUGUUUGUCAUAAAGGAAGGUAGAGUGUUAUUGGAUUUGUAGCCACAUAUGAUAAAUAUCUCUGCAAAUAUUAUACUCAAGCUAGUCCUUAACCUGUAAAAGGAUAAGAAAUUAUUUCUUCCAGCAUUUUAGCUGAAUAUUUUUCUGGGUCUUUUGAUGCUUAUAAGGAAUUCAAUAACGGAACCCUGCCAGAGCACAUAUUUAUUUAUAGAGAUGGUGUUGGUGAUGCAACUAGAUAGAUAGUAAUUGACGAAGAAAUAGUAUAACUUAGAAAGACGUUUCAGAAUUACUUUAAAGAUGCUGAUGGCAAAGUCAACGAACCAACUCUUACUCUAAUCUUUGUUAAUAAGCGUGUUAGAUAAAGAUUCUUUUAAAUGCAAGGUAAUAGCAUUCAAAACCCACCUGCUGGUACCUGUGUUGACUAGGGUUUUGUGGAAUAGUCAGAGGUAAUAAAUGGCAAAUUCGAUUUCUUUUUGGUACCUCACUAGGCAACUCAAGGUGCAGUCAAACCCACUCAUUUUUAUGUUGGAGAGAAUAAUUCAAAGAUCCCUAAAGCUGCAAUAAUAAACUUCACAUAUGCACUGUGCUAUGGUUACUAUAACUGGCCUGACUCAAUUAAAGUUCCCGCACCAUGCAUGCUUGCUGAUAAACUUGCUAUGUACAGAACAGAAGUUGGUAACAUACCAGCUGUCGUAGAUAUGCACAAACUCCCCUUCUUUCUGUGA